CUUGGUACUUUAAACAUUAAGGCCAGCCUUGUUCACAAGCACCUGCAAACAGGAUAGAGAGAGAAAGAGAGGAGAGAGAGCCAUCAUUCCAAAGCAAAAGCAAAAGAUAGAGAGAGAGAGAGAGAGAAAGGGGAAGAUAAACAGAGAAAUUCAAUCAAGGAAGAAGGGUUUCUGAGAAAUAUUAUAGAGAGAGAAAGAGAGAGAGAGAGAGAAAUGAUGCAAACACAGCAGCAGCAACAACAACAGGCACUGAUGCAGUCAGGGCAAAUCUCAGGGAGCCUAAGCUUCAACGGUAGUCUAACCAAAGAAGACGAAGAGAUGUCAAAAUCAGCUCUCUCUACCUUCAGAGCCAAGGAGGAAGAGAUCGAGAAGAAGAAAUUGGAGGUCAAGGAGAAAGUUCAGGCUCAGUUGGGUCGCAUCGAAGAAGAAACCAAACGUUUGGCCACCAUUCGUGAGGAGCUUGAAGGGCUAGCAGAUCCAAUGAGGAAGGAAGUUGCACUUGUUCGUAAGAAGAUCGACUCGGUCAACAAGGAACUAAAGCCUCUGGGACAGAGCUGCCAGAAGAAGGAGAGAGAGUACAAAGAAGCUCUCGAGGCUUUCAAUGAAAAGAACAAAGAAAAAGUGCAGCUGAUUACCAGAUUAAUGGAGAUGGACCAGCUGGUAAGUGAAAGUGAGAGAUUGAGGUUGAAGAAAUUGGAGGAGCUCAGUAAGAGCAUAGAAACGAUACACUGAGAUGAUCGAAUGCUGAUGAAUAUGAUUGACUAAUUAGGCUCGUGUGAUGUAUUUAAGUUUUACUCCUCUAUUUAUAUAUGGGUGUCUCGGGUUUGUUGUAUUCUAUGGUUUUUUCUUGUUUGUUUGAUUAGCCUUUGUUGGAUCAUUUGCUGAUUUAGGAAGUGGAAUUACUUUAAAACAGGUUUGUAACUAAACAGGUUUCGACUUCGAAUUUUCUCCUCAUUUUUUUUCCCCUUA